GUAUGAGUCAGGAAUAAAUCUCCUCUGCAACUUUUCGUUCACUUGUCAGCGAAUUUAUCACAUUGGGGAAAUUUGAGUGUAGUGUUUGUCAAAUAAAAAAACCGAGCGACAGAUACAUCAAACCAUGCAAUUCCAUGGAUUUACCAGAGAGAGAGACGGCUUUCCUCUGACCAAUGGCAACAUCUGUAGUUACUGCCAUCCUUUAAUUGUAUUUGUUUAAUUAGUGUACAGUACAUGCUUGUAUUUUUAGACGGGAUGUCCAAGGGGAUUACAGUUCGUAAUUUUCCGCUAUUUGGAAAAUAAACACGGAUUCGGAAAGUGACGAUGUUGUGAUCUACCGAAGGGUGGGAGAGAAAUAUCAAAAAUGGUCAAGAUGGUUACGAAAUUAGUACAUUAUCUCCACCUGAGCCGAAGAUGUGGGCAGUAUAGCAUGAACCAAAUUCAUCCGAAGAACAGUAUGGGGAACCCUCAUUAUGAACGGUCCUUCUCCCAGGACUCUUUGGAUGAAUUUUCCAUGGAUGACUACUGGAGUGAAGUAGAACACAUCCAGAAAACCCAGGAAAAUGCCCAGGAAGAGCAAGAAGAAGUGUCUAUCAAAGUACCCGAUGAAGGGGAGGUGGAGGCAGAGUGGCUGAAGGAUGCAGGCCUUUCGGGUUUGGUCAGUGGAGACACCCAGGACAGCAUAACGUUACUGUCCACCCUGACCCGUACCCAAGCAGAAGCUGUUCAGAGAAGAGUAGAAACAUUUACAAUGACGAUGAGGAAAAAGAAUAAGCAACCAAUCCCUGAUGUCAGGGACAUCUUCAGUCAACAGGUCUCAAGAACAAGUGAAGCUUCAGCUGUUACAGCUGAUGAAAGUGAAUCGGACAACACCACUGAGAAACAGGAAGAUCAACUGAUCAGCUUGGAGACGAAGGAUGAAUGCACCCAACAAACAGCUGAUAUAAAUCUAGAAAUAUCAUACUCUGAGCAGGCUGCAAACAUGAAAGUAAAAUUAAGCAACCUGAAGCUCAAUAGAGAGGAUGAUGCAUCCCUGCCUAACUACCGACUCCCAAAGGAUAAGACAGGGACAACCAAAGCAGGAGACCUUGCACCUCAGGACAUGAAGAAAGUGCGCUCAUUGGCUCUGAUUGAAAUGACUGCACUCUAUGACACACUUGGUAUAGAUUUCAAACAUCAUAAAGCAAUAAAAGUUAAAAUUAAAGAAACUGGAUUGUUUGGAGUUCCACUUUCAUUGCUCUUGGAACAGGAUCACAAAAAAGUACCUGGGACCAAGGUUCCACUUAUAAUGCAGAAACUCAUUUCCCACAUUGAGGAAGAGGGGUUAAAUACAGAAGGAAUUCUACGAAUACCAGGACUUGCACCAAGAAUUAAGAGUUUGUGUGAGGAGCUAGAAGCAAGGUUCUACGAAGGAACUUUGCAUUGGGAAAAUGUACGUCAACAUGAUGCAGCAAGUAUACUGAAGCUUUUUAUAAGAGAGCUGCCACAUCCACUGGUCACUCUUGAGUACCUUGAUGCUUUCCUAGCUGUCCAAAAUUUAUCAAGCAGAAAACUUCAGCUACAGGCUCUCAACUUGCUGGUGCUUCUCCUCCCAGAUCAGAAUAGGGACACCCUGAAGGCAUUGCUUGAAUUUCUUCAGAGAUUAAUUGACAACAGGGAAAGCAACAAAAUGACCCUAAACAAUGUUUCUGUCGUCAUGGCACCCAACCUGUUUAUGGUUAAAGGAUAUUGCUCAAAGUCAAGUGCAAAGACACAGUUUGCAAUGGCAACUGGCACAAGCAACAUAAUGCGCUACCUGAUUAAAUACCAAGACCUGCUUUGGACGGUUCCAAAAUUUAUUAUGAAUCAAGUUCGACAACAAAAUAUUGAAAGCCAUAAAAAGCUGUCUAAAGAAAAGGCUAUGAAAAAGCUGCUGAAAAAGAUGUCGUAUGAUAAAGAUAAGCAUGAUCGGAACCAUACCGAAAGGAAUUUAACAGAUUCAGUAACACUUCAAGGUGCAAUACGGGUUCAGGCCCCAUCUCUUUCCAAAGUUUCCAUGGCGAUUCAACUAACAGAAGAGCUGAAAGCUGGUGAUAUUUUGGCACGUUUCCAACAAUGUCUUGUUAAAAACAGGAUAACUGAAUCUUCCAGUAAAGAUGAAGUUUGUUUAUAUGAAAUUGGAGGAAAUAUUGGUGAACGCUGUCUGGAUGAUGACACAUAUAUGAAAGACCUAUACCAACUUAAUCCAAAAGCAGAAUGGGUUAUAAAGCCUCGGUGCCAGUGAUAUUGCUUCAACAACAGAUGGGCAAUGCGAUUAAGUAAUACCAGGCAUUAAUGGCCCUGUACAGCAAUACAAAUCAAUCCAUCAGACUCACUAUACCUGUACUUGAAUCUUGACAUAUGUAGAAGGACAAGAGAGGAACAAUAUUGCUAUGAUGAGUCAAAUUCCAGAGCCAAGUUGCUCUUGUAAAAGAGACACAUAAUGAAAAAUUAACUGCAUAUAUCAGGAUGCAUGAAAAAUAUUUAUGCAAUAUGUGCAUUUCAUAUGUCAGAAGUAAACGUGUCCAGAUAUGGAUGACCAAAAUAAAAAAAAAAUCCUUCCAGCAGACCAGGGAGUAUGAUGGGAAAUGGACCGUUAAUAGAAAAACUUAGCAAUACAGUAAGACCACAUGCACCAGAACAGCACAUUGAAUAAAUUAAUUUUAAGGUUUUACAAAACUAACAGGAAAAUAGUUUGCAAGUUAUAUCACAAAUUAAGAAGAAUUGAGCAAAAAUCUCAUACAGAAGGAUAUUCUGAACAUAGAAUUUCCAAUAAACUUAAAGCCUCAUCACAGGGAUUCACACAAGUUACGGAUGUCAGUUGUGCCAACAGCAGAGGUACUCUUGGACUGACAGUGCGAACACAGAGCUGGACAAGGGAUCCUUCCUCCUCCUGAUACUUAUUAGCACACAUAGUAACCUAAGGUCUUAGCCACCAGAGCCUCUGUACAUUACCAACUCUGAAAUAGCAUUGCACAUAAUUCUGCUACCAUCUGAGUUGAAGCAUUGCACGGCAGUGUAGCAGCGUAACGCUAUUACCGCGCCAGUGACCCAGGUUCAAGUCCUCCGGGUGCUCUGGUUUCCUCCCACAUUCCAAAGACAUAGGAGUUGUGGGCAUGCUAUGUUGGCACUGGAAGAGUGGCGACACUAGCAGGCUGCCCCCAGUGCAUUCUCAGUAAUGCAAAAAGAUGCAUUUCACUGUGUGUUUUGAUGUACACGUGACUAAUAAAUAAAUAUCUUAUAUUAAAAAAAAGAGUAGACUGUUAUCAGAAUGUAUGUAAUAGGAUCAGGAAUACUCUAUUCAGCUACUAUACCUGCUCUGCCAAUCAACAGGGUAAUCUUCUACCUCAAACACCAUUGUCCCACCCUAUUCUCAAAUCCCUCGAUUUCUUUCCUAUCCAGAAAUCUCUGUUAUUGAAUGCAAUCAAUGACUGGAAUUAUCUUCCUUGGAGGGCUGCAGAGCCUCAAAGAUCCGCCACCCUCUAUAUGAAGAAAUUUCUCGUCAUCUCAGUCCUAAAAGGCCUCCCCAUAAUUUCGAGAAUCCUAGCUCUUGACCCUUGAGAUAUGGGACAUAUCCUCCUUGUAUCUACUCCUUCAAGCCUACUAAGACUUUUUAUUUUGUCUGUAUUAAAAUAUCAAAGAAAUAUCAUACUAGUGUGUUGCGUUGAUCUGUUAUUCUAAAUAGGAAUUUCUAAGAUUAUAUCCUAUGAGACUUAAUCAUCAAUUCUAUGAUGAACCAUUCACAGCAAAAUCAAAAUGGGACAGAUAUUUUAGAAAAGUUUAGUGGAGACAUUAAACAUGAAGCAAUUCAAUAGAUUUGUUGAAAUAGUCUCCCAGGUUGAA